AUACCGAGGAGCGGGCGGGCCCCUGUCAUGACUUGACUCAACUACUUUCGUCAGUCCCGAGUAUUGGCAUAAUUGGCAAACCACUUUUUUCGGAGGAUUUCACAGCCAAAUUCGUGAAGAGAAACGAUCUCUUGGCGAUGCCACUGUCAGAGGGAGCAACUUUGCAACAGUUCUGGCAAGCGGCAAGUCCUCUUGUCUAUGGCUCCUACUAGUUGCAGCCGUACCGUAGUACCUGGCAGUGGCAAACUCGUGUGGUACCGUAGCUGAAGACCAUAUCCAACGAAACCAUAUCCAACGAGUUGUUCCGAAUCGCUGAAGACCCAAGAUGUUGCCAACGCCACCGUCUUCAGUGUUGCGACAUGUCGAGGCAGAGACAAGCAAAUUUGUAGAUUACGACAACCCAGGAGCCAACAGCAACGAGAAGCAAGCUGAGUCCGACCAAGUCAGAGUUGUCGCUCCAGGAGCUGAGAACAUGCCACCGCAACCUGCCCAGGCACCGAUGCCAUUGGCCCCAGCACCUUAUGGAGCUCCUGUCCUCGGGGCUCCAGUACUGGGCGCACCAGCGACAGCUCCAGCUCCAGCAUUAAUGGGCGGCCCAGUUCUGGGUGGCCCCGUCCGAGCUGCUGUCCCGGCUCCAAUUCCGGCUUCGAUAAGUUAUGGGGGCCCGGCUUCAGUAAAUUAUGAUAUGCCAAUGUUGGGUGCCCCUGUUCUGGGUGCCCCCGUUCUGGGUGCCCCCGUUCUGGGGACCCCGGUGUCUGCAGCAAGAACUCCAGUCGUUGCCACGCCACCAAAGUUUGGCGCCCCAGUUCCUGCACCAGCCCUACAAACACCUGCUCGAGUAGCCCCACAAGUUCCAUCGCAAGUGCCCACGCCCCCAAGUGCCGAAGACAUUGUUUUCCCUAGAAGACCAGAAGAACGAAAGCAAGAAAUUGACGAUCAGCCCCAAACAAGAGCCCAAGUUCCAUAUCCUCCGCGAGGACGUGCCGGAAUGCCAAAACUGAUAUUCGAGAGACAUGAAUAUCCCAUCGAUCCAAGGACAGCGCGGUUGGAGAUGGAGCUAGGAGAUGGUGACAUUUGGAAAACAAUGGACGGUGUGGUUGAAGAUGUUGGUCCCAAUAGUCCCACCCGUGCAGCGAGACUGAAGGAAGAAGACUCAAUAGCUUCAGCGAAGGACGAGUUUAUGCAAUGGGUUGUUGUUUGUGCCAUGGAUACAUUCGACUUGGCUUUGGAGCUCGGAGAUAUCUUUGAACCUGGUGACACGGCGUUGGCUACACCCAAGACAAAGUUUGAGGCUGCAGCGGCAUCUGCGUCUACUCCACCCACAGCGUCAACAACCCUGGCAUCUGCGCAGUCAACUCCUGCUCCCUUCUCUCAGGCUCUGGAUGAAUCCGUUGAUAACUAUUUUACACCACAAACAGCAACUAUGCAUCCAGCAACACCACCGAAAUCUUCUGCUGUCGCUGCUGCACCCACAGAAGGGCCCAGUCCAGCAACACACAAGGCUCCUGCUACUCCGGUUGCCGCAAAAUCCACUCAACGACCUCACCCAACAACACCUACAGUCCCUACAGUCCCAACCCCUGCGGCUGCUGCAACGGAAUCCACUCAACAAGAACCGCCCACCAUUCGACAAACCGUUUCGGAUGAGGACAUCAAUGUCACAAGGCACUCCAUCCCAGAUGGCGAAGAGGUGAUUACGACCACCAAAUCCACAAUUGUAGAAGGAAACAAAACCACAACCAUUACUGUUACCAAGACCACCAAAAUAACCACUGCAGCUGUUCGACAGGAGAACUGCUGUAUCAUCUUAUGAUGUGACUUGAUCAUUUGUAGGAGGAUUGAUCGAUCCGAACGGUCGAGACCUUCUGAAGGCGUGGAGCCACAGCAAGCUAAACGAGAUGGUGGCGUUUUCGUUGUGCCUAUGGGAUUGCGGUUGCGGCUGUCCCUCCUCGUUCUCAUCGUGUACGUGCGGUGUUCCGAGCUCCGUCUGCAGCCCAGAACUGAGCCACGACAAACUUGUGAAGACACAAUAACCCGCCUGCUCCCAAAACGAUUUUUGUGAGGUUGUGAAUUGGCUCGAAUGGAACACGUCGCUAGAAGGCCCCGCGUUGGCGCAACAUUGAUAAGGAUAAAUGCGCAGUCACUGCUGCCUCCGUCGACGCCGGAACCGUACCAUGAAAAUAAUGUAAUAAGCUAAGCAUGUACUUUAGGAUGCCGGCUAAUGUCAUCAGCGCACCCAAUUUCCUACGCAUAGAGUCAUCGCA